AUGGCGUCUAUCCGCAGUUCCAGGCUUUUAGUUCUCCUCGACCAGCCGAUUUGCCUUCGAUGCAUCCGCAGGAAUACACCCUCCGGCCUCCGCUGGUCGUCCACAUCGACCGAAGCUCCAGCUUCACCUCUGCUGGCCAAGAUCAAGAAUGACUUGAAGAGUGCCAUGCGCGCAAAGGACACAUCGAGAUUAACGGUCCUCCGGGGCACCAUCUCCGAGAUCAACCAAGCGGCCUCCUCUUCCACGCCGGUAAAGACAGACCUUCAAAUCCUCGCUCUACUGCGCAAGCGGAAAUCUGCCACAGAGACAGCGAUCAAGGAGGCCGAAGCGGCCAAGCGACCGGAUCUGGCAGAGAAGCAAGCGAAAGAGAUGGAGGUUAUUGAUGAAUUGGUGGGGAGUGUGAGGUUGAUGAAUCCUGGGGAUGUCAGAAUCGUGGUUCGGGGGAAGAUAGAGACAUUGAGAGCCACGACGCAGGGCGAAUUGAAGCAAGGCGUUGUUAUGAAAGAGCUGUUGAAGCCUGGAGGUCCGUUGGACGGGAAGCCAUUGGACAACAAGAUAUUGGCAGAGUUGGUGAGGGAGGAGUUGUUCAGCAACCAUAAUCCCUCGUGA